CCCCGGGCUGGUGCGGGCGCUCGAGCUCGAGAAUCCGUUUGUGCGCGUGCACGUUCGCUUGCCUGCUGCUGAGAGAGACACACACAUAAGAGAAAGGGUUUUUAAACGUGGCUGACGAGAGUGACUAUCCUGGAACAACUUUCUCUUCUGAUCAUUUCAACAACUGAGGAAAAUGACAGAUUCUCUGGACAUGAAGGCGCCUAAUAUGACAAACACACCAGGCUCUGGGGCACAGGAGAUUAUAGUAUCCAACGGACACACUGAAAGUGAGCCCAACCCUUUUGCUGAAUACAUGUGGAUGGAGCAUGAAGAAGAAUAUAACAGACAGGUAGAAGAAGAAUUAUGGGAGGAAGAAUUCUUGGAGCGUUGUUUUCAGGAAAUGCUGGAUGAGGAGGACCAGGAAUGGUUUAUUCCUGAACGGGAUUUGCCAGCUAUCAACCAGAUGCAACAACAAAUGAAUGGAUUAUCCAUAAAUGACAGCAGCAAGACAGAGGAACUCGUGAGUAAAAGUACUCUGAAUCCUGAUGCCAAGGAAUUUGUUCCUGGAGUGAAGUACUGAAAUUCUGAAAGUCUUGCAAGCUGCCCUCUGCUGGAGGAAGCAACAAAAAAAAAUACAAUUUCUGAACACUGUGAAGCAAGUCACUUUUUAGGAGGGCCUAUUUGUUAUUGAUGCUAUUGGAUUACCCACCUUCUUCCCCUUCUCAACCGAAGACUGUUUUAGAUUUACUGGGUUUAUUUUGGCUUGUUUCAGCUUUGUUACAAAAACAGCUUGGCCCUUUCACACUUUCCAUUACGUGCAAGGCCAAGUUGGCAUGCUCUUGUUGGUGUACGGUGUUCCAUCUGCCACAUAUCACAUUGGGUCUGUUACUUAAAAUGACUGGUUUCAUAGCUUUGUUGGGGAAAGAGGUGAAUUGAAUGCAAUGCCAGCUUAAAACUUGCUCAGUUUAGGGUACCCUGUAUCUCCUGGAAGAAAAGUUUAAAGUGAGAGUACCCUUUUUAAAACAAUAUUUAAAAUUGGCUUAAGCGAAAUAUCAAAAGCACUUUGCCAAAUGAAGUUGGUUCUAAAAGAAUUGAAAACCACCAACUGCUGGAACCUCACAGGCACACGCACGGAGUCACACACAGUCACAACUUUUUUUUUAACUGCCUGAUUAUUAUCUCCCCUCUUUUCACUGCUAUGAGAGCCUUACAAAGAGGGAUGUAGAAUAGCUAUUCAGAAUACAGUAUUACCACUGCCAUUAUAUGUUGUCAGUUUUAUGGUCUAAGCAAAUUUCCUUCUAAAGUAACAUUGCAUCUAGCAGUAAAAAGAAGCUAAAUAUGUUACAAUGCACAUUGUAAGAUCUUAAAAAUACAGUAUAUAUAUCUUUUUGGGGUUUUGUUUUGAAGUGCAGCCCAAACGGGCUAAAAAAAAUUCAAAUGGGGUGCUGUUUGUCUAGUUUGUGUGGGGAAAUACUCUACUGACUGAAAAUUAGGUUGCGCUUUUCAUGGCGGUGGGCGUUAGGGGGCCAUGAAAGUUUGCCCAAGGUACAGAAUCUGCAAAUGCUCGGCAGAGAUUUUUAUGUAGCAAAUACCUGACAUAAAGAGCCAGUCUUGAAUUAUCACACAAUCAUCCAUGCUUGCAUUUGCCUCAACAGUGAAAAUGGCAUCACUGCUGCAGUGAUGAGCUCAUUUCAUUCUAGGAAGAUGAUUCUUUGUUCAUGGUUCAAAUUUUAUUUUAUUUUUCUUUUCUUGUCUAGGGGACAAAUUAAUGCAAAAAAAAAAGCUGGCAUGUAGCUUCUUAAAAUAAGCUUCUCUAAAGUUUCCAUCAGUGAAAAGUUUGCAAGUUUAACGUUUGAAAGUGAUUUUUUUAAAAAAUCAUGAAUAAAUUCUUUGAGGGGUGGGGAUGCACUGGCACAGGACCUGAUGGUAUGAGAGUGGUUUGGCAAACUAAGUCAUAUGUAAAGUUAAUAGCUUUUCAUUUAGCACAGCAUUUCAGUGGGAGGAAAUUGAAUCGGGUCUAAAGUUCUGAAGCUCACUUUAUUCAUUAAAUGCACUUGAUGUUCUGUCAGUUGAUCAGAAAGCACAGAAAUAACACUUUCCAAUUUAGGAAUGAAACAUAGAUCUGAUGCCUAAUUUCCUUCUGAAAGUUAUUAGUUAAUCCAAUUCAGCAUCUUUUGUAGGAAUGGGUGGGGGAACAACCUUAUUCUUGAAUGUGGUGCUUUGGUCGCUGAUUUAUGAAUUUUGGUGCUGGGAAAAUUCCUUCCAGUGGGUGUGAUUAGGUACUGAGAUGUUGCAAUUUUCUGUGAAUUUAACGAUUUUGAGCUCAUCAGACUUCCACUUUUCCAAACCAUCUUCACUUAAAAUCAUCCAGGUCUUUAACAGGUGGGAUUUUCAGCCCGUUAGCACUUGUAUGGUUUUAAAUAUUGAAGCCGCUGUACUCCUUGCUGGGCCUUGUAUCGGCUCAUAAUAACAAAACUGUGUUUUACUGAUGAUGAUUUGUUUUAGUUUACUCUGUAGAAGACCUUCAAAAUAUUUUCAUUGCCCCAAUUUCCUGUUCCACCUAGCUAAUCCCACAAACUUUGUUGGUUUAGCUUUUUUAGUGUUAUCUAGUUAUGAGAGCAUCUCAAGAAUCUAGAAUGAAAUGACAACUGAGAUGCUUCAGCAGUUUUCAUAAUAAUUGAUUAUUUACUAAUAGUUUCCUAUUUUCUCCUCACUUCUACCCACUGUUCUGGUUCUGAACAAGGUAAUGCCUUUACUACCAAUUCUGCUACAAAGGUAGUAGAAAUUCCAUUAUAGUUUCUUAAUUGUUUUUACAUGUAAUGAUGCAGUAUAUUUGGUUGUGGCCUAAAGCAUCUGUUUGUGCCUCCUUCACUGCCCAAGUAAAGAGCAACUUCAUACUGUUGCUAAUAAAUCAUAAGUAUAAUUUUUUGCAUAACUUGUAUCAUACCACAGAACACUAUUAUAAAUUAACUUUCCUAUUUUACAGACUGGAUGGAUGAUGUUUUAUUCUGACGCUUGACUCUUGACCCUUAAAUUUGAAAGGAUUUUGAGAUAUUUCAAUCUGUUUCAAGGUGACAUGUUUUAACUUUUCCCCCUGGUGACCAAUCACACAGCAGUAGUGGCUUUUUUUAAUGAAAAUGCAUUAAUGUAUGUCGAAACUACUUUCACCGUACUGUCAGUAUUAUGUGCUUCUGAGUCAGUUAUAAUGUGAGCCAGGUGGCCUCCUCAAUUGCAUCAUGCCUUCACUAAAACAGUACUCACAUCUGCUUUACUCUAAUCUGACAUUCCUUUUCUCCAAACAUAUUAUGGUCUCUGGGUUGUGUCAGAUGCUGCUGAAUUGAGGUCACUUUUGUGUUGCAUAGGUGCCCACUAAAUGCAUUACUUUUGUUUGGAGCAGGAUUGUUGAUGCCAUCAGUCUAAAGGAUUGGAAGCUAGAUUCUGGAGUUAAUGAGUUUGAUGUCCUGGUAGCCUAGUGACUAAAAGCAGCAUCCCAUGUGUGAAAUGAUGCAGACCAGAUGGCUCUCGAUGCAAUUUUUGGUGUGUACCAAGAAAGUUGAUCAAAUCAGACAGUAACAAUGAAUAGUUUGCUAUUAGAACUGUACUCCUAGACUAAAGGAAAGAUCCAGCUCUUUAUUAGAACCUGGUAGAAAAAUGCACAUAAGUGAAUGUUUCGCUGAAACAAGAUUUGGUUCAAAACACUGACCUCCAGAGUUGAAUUGUCUGCUUCUGAACAACCCUUUUGAUGAAUAGUCACUUUUAAGGUAUUGGGGCAGCCAGUACUGACCGACUGUUUUUCAGCAUAAGUCAGUGUCUUUCAGAUGAUCAAAAUUUGAAUGGUCUAGUUGGUGAUGUUUAGGAGGAGGAUGUUCUGUUGUGACAACUUAUCCCUUUGUUGGAAAACUUCCUAAUGUUUUCCAAAACUGAUCUCAAAUUGAUAGUUCUGUUUUAUUUUUCUGAAGCAGUUACUUUUGUCACUGUCAGUUAUUUUACUGUGCCUGCCUGUCCAAAUAGAGUAAAAUGCUGAUAGCUGUCCUCUUCUAAUUAUUCUAUAAUAUUGCCAUAAUCAUGAACUUUCAGGGAAAAUACUUCAUCACAAUGUAAUUUUAGUAUUCAAGAAAAUAAGAAGUUUAUUCCUUUUGAAGAAACAGGGUGUUGCAUUCGAGGUAAGUGUAUGUAGCAUUUAAAAUUAAUGUGUGGCAACUAUUCUGCCCCUCUCCACCUAACUCUCCUAUCUUGAAUUAUUAAGAAGAGAAUAUAAACCAUGCCCAAUUGAGAAUGGUUCCAAACUUGCAUUUCUUCAGUGCAAUAAUAACAGGGAUUUGAAGCAAUGAGAUGAAUGAAGCAAAGUUGCAGAAGAGCACGGAUAACUUUUCUGAAUAGCAGCAAGAUUUAAUUUGGCCAUUUGUGAAUUCUAAGGAAAUCUUUGGCAAUUAAAUGUAUUUUAUGUAUCAAAAUUCCCAUCGUCGUUCAAAGCAUCAAAAAUGUGACCAGGCAAUUUAACUUCUGGCUUCUGGUUUACAAUUUUUCAUUCU